AUGUUGGAUGCUAUGGAAGAGUCCAAAUUUUUAUGGAAUUGGAAUGGAUUAACCAGUAGUCCAAAAGUUAACAUUGAAGAGGUGACAUCGAUAUCAAUAACAAGUGAACAAAAGAAUAAAAAUUACGCCAAUGAAUCUUUCAUGGGCGUG